AGCGGUUUGGGCGCUGCACGGCAAGAUGGCGGAGCGGCAGGAGGCGCUGAGGGAGUUCGUGGCCGUGACGGGGGCCGAGGAGGAGCGCGCCCGCUUCUUCCUCGAGUCCGCCGGGGGCGACCUGCAGCUGGCCCUGGCCAGUUUCUACGAGGACGGGGCCGACGACGACAUCGUGACACUUCCCCAGCCCACGCCCAGCUCCAUCUCCAGGGGCACCGCGCCCAGUGAUCACCGAGUGACAUCAUUCAGAGACCUUGUUCAUGCUCAAGAGGAGGAGGAUGAAGAUGAAGAGGGACAAAGGUUUUAUGCAGGCGGCUCAGAGAGGAGUGGGCAGCAGAUCGUUGGCCCUCCAAGGAAGAAAAGCCCCAAUGAGCUGGUGGAGGAUCUCUUCAAAGGGGCAAAGGAGCAUGGAGCAGUAGCUGUUGAUCGGACAGCCAAGAGCCCUGGGGAGACGAGCAGACCAAAACCAUUUGCUGGGGGAGGGUACCGCCUUGGAGCUGCUCCAGAGGAGGAGUCUGCCUAUGUGUCGGGAGAGAGGAGACAGAACUCUGCUCAGGACGUGCAUGUUGUACUGAAACUAUGGAAGAGUGGAUUCAGCCUGGACAGUGGGGAGCUGAGGAGCUACCAGGACCCAUCCAAUGCCCAGUUCCUGGAGUCCAUCCGCAGAGGGGAGGUCCCAGCAGAGCUCCGUAGGCUGGCACGUGGCGGCCAAGUGAACUUGGACAUGGAGGACCACCGGGAUGAGGACUACAUAAAACCCAAAAGUGUCUUCAGGGCUUUCACUGGAGAAGGGCAGAAACUGGGCAGCACCGCCCCACAGGUGAUGGGCUCCAGCUCUCCAGCUCAGCAGGCAGAAAAUGAAGCCAAAGCCAGUUCCUCCAUCACCAUUGACGAGUCAGAGCCUGUCACCAACAUCCAGAUCCGGCUCGCAGACGGUGGGCGGUUGGUUCAGAAAUUUAACCACAGCCACAGGAUCCGUGACAUCCGGCUCUUCAUAGUAGAUGCCCGGCCAGCAAUGGCUGCCACCAGCUUUGUGCUCAUGACCACCUUCCCAAACAAAGAGCUGACUGAUGAGAACCAGACCCUGAAGGAAGCCAACCUGCUCAAUGCCGUCAUUGUCCAGCGAUUAAUAUAAUGGGCUCGCCUCUCCUCCCCUGCCCGCCUGCUGAGUGGCGGCACAUCUCCUCCUAGCUCUGGGGUCUUAGGUCUUGGCUGGACUGUUUUCUCUUUAGUUGCAUUUCCCCUGUUUUUGUGAUGAUCAGUGGACUUUCAAAUAAACACACGAAACAAACCGUUUUGAAAGGAGCCGCAGCCUCUUGUGCCAGAGGCUCCCCUGCUGGAGCCCUUAAGUUGGCUUUGGUGGAUCGUGUCAUCGCGCUUAGUAGAGGGGAGGGAGGGAAGGAGAGAGGCAGCUCCUAGGAAGCAAUUUCCAUGCUGAGACCUGCUUCCUUCUCCCAGGUUCCCAGUGGUUCCAGGCCUGUGCCAGCAGCGCUCGCAGGCAGCAGUUGGCUUGUUUCUUUCUAGGGGUUAAAGCCUGGGUUUAAGCUGCAAGGCUAGUGGUUUUCUCAGCCAAAGUCAGAGGUAAAGCUCUGACUCCCUCUUCCUGCUUUACAAGGCUCGGGUGGAUGUUCCUCUCAGAGUCCAACCUGGGCGCUCUCGUCUCCCUCCAUUAGCAAGGCUGUCUGUCUGUCUGUCUGUCUGUAGUUCUGACUUGGUGCGUGAGGAGGGUGCCUCAUUCCUUUGAGAGAGACAGCCUGCUCCUUGUUUUUUUCCCAGAAAGCUCUGUCUUCUGUUAACAAAGUAAAGGGAAGGACAAGGCUGCAAAGAUGGAUAUACCUGUUCUGAAUGGAGAGAGAUUUUUGUUUUAAUAAGAAUUUUCUAACUGAGCCAUGGAGAUGCUGGAAAUUAUGUGGGUUUCGAAGCCAAGGCUGCAGGGGAGAGGCUACCCCUCGGUUUGCUUUCUCGUGUUUGUUGAGGACCAAUGGAAGCGCCCGCGGGGACUCUUCCCUGGGCUGCUUUCACUGUUUGCAUUUAGGGCUCGGGGGUCUAUAUAUAUAUUUUUUUCUUUGAAGUCUUGUGGGUGAAUUCAGUCCUCUUAGAAAUGGGGGUUUCUGGCACUGCCUCGAUUCAAGAGCAAGGCCUGCAGGUUUGUCAUCUCGUGUUCUGCCAGCACAGCUUGCAUCUGCCUUGCAGGUCCUUGUUGUCUCAGCUCGGGGCUUAUCCUGCUGGCUGUGCUGAAUUCUGUAGGCUUUGUAACAUUAGCUGUGUAGGUGCCACGCUGAGACCAGCAGUAUUGCUUUGACUGUGAGAGCCCAAAGGGCGAGCGGUCAGAUCACUAGCACACAGCUCCAUUCUCCUGUCUCAGUUGCGCUUGAGCCUCCGAGCUUGUGCGCAGGAAUGCGGCCUCCUCGGGGUUUCCACGUUCUCUCUCCUUCCCUUUGGUACUUGAAAUGAGCAGAGAACAAAGGCCAGGCUCCCUGCUCUGGGGAGGGGGCAGCGGGUCCGCCAAGUCCAUGGAGACAGGUGCCUCCACACAGCGUAGGCAGAGGAGCCAGACCCCAGGCCUCAGCAAGGGCAUUUCUGAGAGCCGUCACUCCCGGGAUUGAACUAACAGCAUUUUUCAUCACUAAGUGGAUACACGAUGUGCGUAACGGCAAACGUUGUAAAUUAUUGUGAAAGUGACCAUUAAAAACCAAAAGAAAUGGA